UGUCAGCGAGCCAUCAGUAGAGGCACGAGUUCGCGCUGCUCUCGCUGAAGUGUGAUCAGUUUCAGCCGCGUAGUGGGACUCAGCGAGACCUGAUGCACAAGUCAAGGCGACGCGCAGCGGACAUGAAGCCGGAUUGGCUCUGAUUUUUAAAAGCCCUUUCAUUCAAGAGGCUGUCCAUUAUCAACAUGGCAGAACCGUCGGUUCCAGUACCCCCUCAAAAAAUGGCGUCACUUAGCCGGGUCCGAGCCUUUACUCUGAUUUUCUUAACUGCAAGCAGUUAUUUAAUUACUCCCACAAGUGGCAAGGAAGGAGGGGGAGAGGAGACGGUCAUCAUCGGGCUGAGGCUGGAGGACACGGACGACAUUUCCUUCAUGGACAGGGGCUAUUUGCGGGUCAGCGAGAGGUCUCGGGUGAGAUUGAGGGUGUACGGGCAGAACAUCAACAACGAGACGUGGUCCAAAAUCGCCUUUACGGAACACGAGAGGAGUCGAGUGAUUGGCACCAUCGACAGCUCCUCGGGGGACAACAAGAGUCAGGAGGACACGUCGGGCUUGCACCCCUGUGGCAUCAGGACGUCGGAUAUUCUCAUCUUGCCCAACAUCAUUUUGAAUCGCAAGACGUCUGGCAUCGUGGAAAUCGAGGUCAAACCUCUGCGAAAGACUGAGAGGAGCAAAGCGUACUACCUGUGCAUCGCCACUUCCACACCUGCUGUGGCCGGCACGCACGACCCCUGGACGGAGAACACGUGGAUCUAUCACGAUGGAGAGGACACCAAAGUGAUCGUGGUGGAGGAGAAAAAGUUUCUGCUCCCUUUCUGGCUUCAGGUCAUCUUCAUUUCCAUGCUGCUCUGCCUCUCGGGCAUGUUCAGCGGCUUGAACUUGGGUCUGAUGGCGCUGGAUCCCAUGGAGCUGCAGAUCGUCCAGAACUGCGGGACGGAGAAGGAGAAGAACUACGCCAGGAAGAUCGAACCCGUCCGGAGUCAAGGAAACUACCUGCUUUGCUCGCUUCUUCUGGGGAAUGUUCUGGUCAACACCACCCUGACCAUUCUGUUGGAUGAUAUUGCCGGCUCUGGAUUGAUAGCUGUAGUGAUGUCCACCAUUGGCAUUGUCAUUUUUGGAGAGAUUGUGCCUCAAGCGAUAUGUUCACGACACGGUCUUGCCGUGGGUGCGAAUACAAUCUUCCUGACCAAAUUCUUCAUGCUGCUCACUUUCCCUGCGUCCUAUCCGGUAAGUAAACUGCUCGAUUAUCUCCUCGGUCAGGAGAUUGGCACGGUGUACAACCGGGAGAAGCUCUUGGAGAUGUUGAGGGUCACGGAUCCCUAUAAUGACUUGGUGAAAGAGGAGUUGAACAUCAUUCAGGGCGCCCUGGAGCUCAGGACUAAGACCGUGGAAGAUGUGAUGACCCCGUUGCGCGAUUGCUUCAUGAUCACCGGCGACACCACGCUCGAUUUCAACACCAUGAGCGAGAUCAUGGAGAGCGGCUACACGCGCAUUCCGGUGUUCGAGGGCGACAGGUCCAACAUAGUGGACCUGCUGUUCGUGAAGGACCUUGCGUUUGUGGAUCCAGACGACUGCACCCCGCUGAAGACGAUAACGAAGUUUUACAGCCAUCCUUUACAUUUCGUCUUCAACGACACUAAACUCGACGCUAUGCUGGAGGAGUUCAAGAAAGGUAAAUCUCACCUGGCAAUAGUCCAGCGGGUCAACAAUGAAGGAGAAGGCGACCCAUUCUAUGAAGUGCUUGGCAUUGUCACCCUGGAGGAUGUCAUUGAAGAAAUCAUCAAGUCUGAAAUCCUGGAUGAGACAGACUUAUAUACCGACAACAAAACAAAAAAGAAAAUCACCCAUCGAGAGAGGAAGCAGGAUUUCUCGGCUUUCAAGCACAUGGACAAUGAAAUGAAGGUUAAAAUAUCACCUCAGCUUCUACUGGCUACUCUGCGUUUCCUAGCAACAGAAGUUGAAGCAUUUAGUCCAAUCCAGAUGUCUGAAAAGAUUCUUCUGCGUCUCCUCAAGCACCCCAACGUCAUCCAGGAGCUCAAAUAUAAUGAGAAGAAUAAGAAGGCCCUUGAGCAUUACCUCUUCCACCGCAACAAACCCGUGGACUAUUUCAUCCUCAUUCUGCAGGGGAAGGUGGAGGUGGAGGCAGGGAAGGAGGGAAUGAAGUUUGAAGCUGGAGCUUUCUCGUCGUAUGGGAUGAUGGCUCUCACCGCUUCUCCAGUUCCUCUCUCCCUGUCUCGUACCUUUGUGGUCAGUAGGGCUGAGUCUGUUGCUGGAUCUCCAGAAAACAAAUCCCCUCCUCGGUCAUUUGGACUGAACCAUUCUGACUCGUUAAGUCGUAGCGAGCGGAUUGAAGCCAUCACACCAUCGCUGGGCAGCAGUAACCACCAGCUCAAUGCCUUCCUGCAGAUAUAUGUGCCGGACUAUUCUGUCAAAGCUGUGACAGACAUACAGUAUAUUAAGGUAACACGCCAGCAGUAUCAGAACGCCGUCAUGGCUUCACGCAUGGACAAGACGCCACAGUCCUCAGAGAGCGAGUACACCAAAAUCGAAAUGACUUUGACAGACCUCCACGAUGGAUUGACCGAUGAAACCACCACUCUGUUCAACCAGACACAGAACUGCGUGGCCCACAACAAGGCGAACCACACAGGCCACAGCGAAGGGGCCAUCUAGCCCUCAGUGGGGUGGUGGAGCAAAGUGGAUAGCAGAACCCUGGAGCUGCACACCACCCCAAACCACUCCGAUCUGGUAGCGCGAUGCUACCGGGACCUGUGCUUGAGCUGACCCAAGGCAAAAUGGGAUAAUCCAGUGACCCGUUCCGGUCCCAUUCAUUCCGAUAAACCGCAGCGUUUAUGUCCCCCAGACCAAAGAGUUUGGAGGAUGGACAUUUUAGUGCUCCGACGAGCCCCUCCAGCUACACUCAAACUGCCCCGUGACGUUGGCAAAACACAAAAGAUAUACUCCAGGCAGAUGGUGUAAUAGGGUAAAUCAAAGACUGUUCCAAAUACCGCUUUGAAGGAAACCGUGAACCGUGAACCAAUUCUACUCACAUAUUUAUUUAUUUUGUAUGCAUUUGUACAUACAUGUCUGAGGAUAUAAUUGUCGGCACAUGCAAACACCUGUCUGUAAAUUGUGCAUGUGUAUGUGUGUGCCUCUAUGAGUGUCACUGAUAUCAUGCACAUGCUAUAUAUAUACAUAGUUACAAAUACAGCAUUGUAUAUGUACCGGUGAGGGUCUUUUACAUGUAUAUUUCAGAAAUGCUUAUUUUUAUUGUUCUAAAUCUGGUAUAUCCCACAAAACCUUUUACACCUUUUUAAAAAAAUGAAUCAUUAUAUUGCCUUUAAAAAAAUCAUAUUAAUUUUUUAACAUGUGCAAUGAAACACAUUUUAUUUAAAAGAUGAUUUAUCAUGAUUACUGUAUUGUAAAUUAUAGUUCUAUUUGUAUGCAUUUAUUGUAUCACAUUUGUAUAUUUGUUCUGAGAUAUUUUGGAUUCACUUCCAAGGAUGAACAGGUCCAGUUUUGUCCGCUUUAAAAUGUUAAUUCUAUCAAAGGCACAAUAACUUUACGUUUAAAGCUGAAGGCAGUCUUAUUUAAAUUAAACAACAGACCUGUCAGGACUUUAUGCAAGGGAGAAUCAAUAUGCAUCCGUCCGAUUCCUAGCUGAAUCCAGGCCGUAACAAAAUAAGUCUUUACCACGUUAUUAAAAUAACUACUAUAUUAAAUUGUUUUACCCAUCAUACAUCUGUAAGAAAGGUGCCAUAGUGUUUAAAUGGCUGUACUUGUGUGUAUUACCUUUAUGUAUAUAAUGUUAACUUUAAUGGUUAUUUAUAUGAAUGCUGGAAACUCCUGCUAUGCAUACAGCUGUAUUUUUUUUUUUUUUAAUAUAGUAGUAAUAGUAAUAGUUCACUCAAAAUGAACAAUUGCUGAAAAUGUACUUACCCUUAAGCCAUCCAAGAUGUAGAAGAGUUUGUUUUGGAAAUAGAUUUGAAAAAAUGUACCGGUGGAUCAUCUGCAGUGAAUGGGUGCCGUCAGAGUCCAAACAGCUGAUAAAAACCUACAAGCAAUCCACACAACUCCAGUCUAUCAGUUAACGUCUUUUUGAGAAAAAAGCUGCAUGUUUGUAAGAAAUAAAUCUGUUGUUAAGAUGUUUUUAACAUUUUUUUUAUAACAAAUUGUAGUUUCCAGCUAAAAUGUCCUCUGUCUAUAAUAUUGCUUUCUCUAGUGGAAAAGUCAUUUUGUCUGAAUUAGGAGAGGAAUAUGCAUAGAUAAAUCACUGUUUACAUGUAAAAACAGCCCCCAAAAUUUCUAAACAAAUAUGUAGGUGGAUUUUGAAUCGUGUGGAUUACGUGUUGAUUACUGUAUUUUACCAGCUGUUUGAACUCCCAUUCUGACGGCACCCAUUCACUGCAGGGGAUCCAUUGGUGAGCAAGUGAUGUAAUGCUAAAUUUCUCCAAAUCUGUUCCAAUGAAGAAACAAAUUCAUCUACAUCUUCAGUGGCAUGAGGGUAAGUACAUGUUAGCAAUUUGUCAUUUUUUGGUGAACUAUUCAUUUUAAGAUGAACCACUUAUAUUUUCUCCAUUGCCAUACUUUCCACCCCACCCCCUCCUUUUUUUUUUUUUUUUUUUUUUUUUUUUUUUUCUCAGUGACCCAAACCACCAAGAUCAUCAAACAGCAUACAACUUAUUCCUAUAACCAUUCCUAUAUGUUGUUAUAGGUGGCAGCUGCGUGACCCUGUUUCUACAAUGUCAGACUUUGUGGUAAAUCUGAUUCAGGCAGCUUUUAAGACUUUGCCCUAGAUGUUUUCAUGUGUUCAAAUGGUUAUUUGAACCACAGUGGAUAAACAACAGUACUGCAUUACUUGCAUGAUUUAUACAUGGGUCAGUACCACAGACAGCCACUGCUUGGCACUAUGGUCUAACAAUUUAGCCAAACUAAACCUUGACAAGGUUGUUAUCUUAAAACUGAUGCUCUUUAUACCAAAGAUUUUACUUAAGAGGUGAGAUCAGAGAUUGUUGGGCUUUAUUUAGUAAAUUAAAGCCAACUUUGAUUAUAUUUUUUCCUAGACAGAUGCUCUUAUGGGGAUAAAUACAGGUUCUGGCUUUUUACAUUUUUUUCUAAUUUGCUUUGUUAAUGAAUUGUAGCUACUUUGUAACUAAAAUGUAAACCCUAGGGAGGAAAACGGUUCUAGAAAGUGCUAUUAAACAUUCUUCAGUUUCACUGUGGUACUGUGUUCUUUGUGCUGUUCUUUCAAAAAAAAUCAACAAUUUGCAUUUUUAUAAAGAAAUCCUACAACUGCACAAGCUUCAACACUGUUAAACAACAGGAUAUUUCGCAA